AGAAUUUUAAAUAUCUCUCUUGUGCAGCUGAAUUGUUCAAAUAAAAUAUUUACAAUAUAAAUGAUUUAGAUGAAGGAAUUAAAAGUAACAUUAGCAAAUUUGCAGAUGACACAAAGUUGGGUAGCAGUGUGAACUGUGAAGAGGAUGCUAUGAGGAUGCAGGGUGACUUGUAUAGGUUGGGUGAAUGGGCCGAUGCAUGGCAGAUGCAGUAUAAUGUGGAUAAAUGUGAGGUUAUCCACUUCGGUGGCAAGAACAAGAAGGCAUAUUAUUAUUGAAUGGUGUCAGACCAGGAAAAGGGGAAAUGCAACGAGACCUGGGUGUCCUUGUACAUCAGUCACUGAAAGUAAGCAUGCAGAUACAGAAGGCAGUGAAGAAGGCUACUGGCAUGUUGGCAUUCAUAACGAGAGGAUUUGAGUACAGUAUUGAGAGAUCCUUCUGCAGUUGUACAGGGCCCUGGUGAGACCACACCAAGAGUAUUGUGUGCAGUUCUGGUCUCCUAAUUUGAGGAAGGACAUUCUUGCUAUUGAGGGAGUAUAGCGUAGGUUCACGAGGUUAAUUCCCGGGUUGGCGGGACUGACAUAUGAUGAAAGAAUGGAACAACACUGGAAUUUAGAAGGAUGAUAGGGGAUCUUACAGAAACAUAUACAAUUAUUAAGGAUUGGACAAGCUAGAUGCAGGAAACAUGUUCCCGAUGUUGGAGGAGUCCAGAGCCAGGGGCCACAGUUUAAGAAUAAGGGGUAGGCCAUUUAGAACUGAGAUGAGGAAAAACUUUUUCACCCAGAGAGUUGUGUUUUUGUGGAAUUCUCUGCCUCAGAAGGCAGUGGAUGCCGAUUCACUGGAUGCAUUCAAAAGAGAGUUAAAUAGAGCUCUUAGGGCUAGCGGAAUCAAGUGAUAUGGGGAGAAGGCAGGUACGGGGUACAGAGUGUGGAUGAUCAACCAUGAUCACAUUGAAAGGCGGUGCUGGCUAGAAUAGCCGAAUGGCCUACUCCUGCACCUAUUGUCUAUGUUGCUAUGUUAGUUUUCAAUUUAUCUUUGCAGUUGCACUUGUAAUGUAUAAAGAGGGUUAAUGUAAAUAUACAGCAUUAGAAACAAAGCUGGAAUUGCAGUAUAUAACAAAUCUACUUUUGCAGCUCUUUUUUUCUGUUAUCUGCAUUCUCGCUGUAGCUGUAACACUUUAUUCUGCACUGUUUAUAUUUCUCUUUUGCAUUACCUAAUGUACUCGUCGUGAAUAAAAUGAUUUGCCUGGAUACCACGCAAAACAAAGUUUCUCUCUGUAUCACAGUGCACGAGACAAUGAUCCAAGCCAAACUAGAUGGAGACAUUUUUAGUACUGCUUUGUGAGUAUAGUCAGAAACUUUGCGUUCAUGAAUGGACCACUGUUCAUUCUAGCACAUAAAAUGACGCGUCCUGUUGCCUUUUUAGAGUCGACAACAUGUGGUAUUUGUAUAACUGUGCUGUUAAGAUAAAGAGUUUUCAGGAAGUUAAUUCAUUAUGCGACUUCCUUAUUCACUGCAAGUGUAGGGGGUUUGUUUUGGCAGCUGUUACUAUGCUCAGCUUUUAUUUCUGUUAUUGCGAACUUUUGCUUUUUGUGCCAUAGAAAUCACAACUUCCCUAUUUAGAGUAUUGAAAUGCAUUUAGAAAGCCUCCAUUCUUCCAUUAAUUGAGAUUGAUGGUGAAGGAUUUACGGUAAUUGUAGAACCCCUGCUUGCAGUUUAAUACCUGUGAAUAGCUUUUAUUUUAAAAUGUCUUUCAGUGGGCAGGUCUAAUUGCAACCUGUCCCCUCCUUGAGGUAUGCAUUUUCAGUUGUCGUCUGUGUUAGUACUGUAUUGGAUAGCUGGCAGGACGUGACCUAGAUUAAUAUUUUAAGUCCAACAGUGCACUUGUUACUGCUUGUGACGAGAAUAAAGGCGACAAAAUACAGAAGUGAAUCCAACAUGGAGCAAUUGUUGCCUCUGAUAUUCUACUCGAGACUUUGAUUAUUUGAAAUUAUGGCUACUGCUCUUCUGUUCUGACAGGAAUUUGUUUGCUAAGAAACUAAAAGAUUCCAUACCAUUAGACCAGAAUACUCCAGGCUGGAAAUUGUUUGGGAAGAUGCCAGCCAAGGAAAGCACUCUCAAAGAAUCCGAGAGAAUUCAGCAGGAAUAUGAAGAAGGAUCUGGGAGAGCUCAGAAGUCCCCCUCUCCGAAUCAAUGUGUAAGGAAAAAUCUAGACUUCGAACCUCUCUCCACAACAGCCCUUAUUCUUGAGGACAGGCCAGCAAAUCUCCCAGCAAAACCAGCUGAAGAAGCUCAGAAACAUAGGCAGCAGUAUGCGGAGAUGGUGGCUCAAGUGAAAAGACGAGAACAAAAAGAUGCCCAGAGACGAAGGAAGCUAUUGGAAGACAGGUGUAAACUGGAGGAAAGCAUUGGUAAUGCUGUGAUGACUUGGAACAAUGAAGUACUACCCAACUGGGAGACUAUGUGCAAUUCUCGUAAAGUUCGCGAUCUCUGGUGGCAAGGAAUUCCUCCAAGUGUAAGAGGGAAGGUGUGGAGCUUGGCAAUAGGAAAUGAUUUAAACAUAACUCAUGAACUAUAUGAAAUUUGCUUGUCGCGAGCUAAAGACAAAUGCAGAUCUCUCAGUACAGCACACUCGGACAUAGACAAUGAAGAUCAAGGAUUAUCUGCAGCAGACAGGGAAGCCAGUCUAGAGCUCAUAAAAUUGGACAUUUCUCGUACAUUUCCUAACUUUUGCAUUUUUCAGCAGGGAGGUCCUUAUUAUGAUAUACUGCACAGCAUUCUAGGAGCAUACACCUGUUACAGACCUGAUGUAGGAUAUGUGCAAGGAAUGUCUUUCAUUGCUGCCGUGCUUAUUUUGAACCUGGAUACUGCAGAUGCCUUCAUUGCCUUUGCUAAUUUAUUGAAUAAACCAUGUCAAAUGGCAUUUUUUCGUGUGGACCACAGCCUUAUAUUGAAAUAUUUUGCCGCCUUUGAGGUGUUCUUCGAGGAAAAUUUACCAGGGUUGUUUAUACACUUCAAGAAAAACAACCUUACCCCAGAUAUUUAUUUAAUUGACUGGAUAUUCACGCUGUACAGUAAAUCUUUUCCUCUGGACCUUGCUUGUCGUGUCUGGGAUGUAUUCUGUCGUGAUGGAGAAGAAUUUCUUUUCAGAACUGCUCUGGGAAUCUUGAAGCUUUAUGAGGAUAUUUUGACCCAAAUGGACUUUAUUCACAUGGCACAGUUCCUGACCAAGCUACCUGAGGAGAUGUUAGCCGAGGAUCUAUUUGGAACCAUAACAGCCAUUCAAAUGCAGAGUAGAAAUAAAAAAUGGGCUCAGAUACUCUCAGCAUUGCAAAAAGAUACAAGGGAGCUGGAUAAAGGAAGUCCUGCUAUGAAGCGAUGACCUGUAUAUAUGAAUGUUUGAAGCCAUGUUGUAGUCAAUUGAGUGUUAGACUCAAAAAAUGGAAAUAAGACUUUGUAUGUCACAGUGAUGGGUUUCUUACUGCGAUUUACAACAUCGUGUUAUUUGAUACUAACACUGGAGUAAGCCUUAAAAGAAUAUUCUUAUAUAAUUGAAAUUAUGGAUGCAGCCUUAAGAUUUUUGCACAGCCUCUUCUCCUAUGUAUCAUAGGCAGUUGUUUUAUUUUAAUCCCAAUAAUAUUUCUAAAUAAAAUAUUUAUUGCACGUCAACUAUACCUAAUUCACAACAUACUGUUAAGUAUAUUCUCAUAUUUGUCAAAUAUGAUAUCUAAACCUUCCAUGUCCAAACAAUGGAAGUGAUCACUAAAUGUGGCAGUCUAGUUUAUCUUUCAUCUUUGCUGCCUUUUUUCUCCAUACUACUUAUUCAAAAAAUCUGGGUAACAUUAAACUUAAACCAUAAACCUUAUUCCCAACACAUUAAUUAAUGCUUAAUAUAACCGAUGCAUCCAACUUCAGGCUAGUUUUUAUUUUUAACACUUUUGCAGUUAUCCGUUUACAUACACCAAAAUUACAUCUUAUUUUGCAUAUAAUUGUAGAAUUGUAUGCUUCCUUAUAUUUGACCUAACUCUGCUGUUCUUGACUUAUAAAUGCAACAGCACUAUGGCUGCAUCCAUUCAUCACAAGCUGUUUAGAAUAAUACCACUAUUUUUGUUCUCAUAAGCUUUGCAUUUGAAGUAGAGCUGCUGUCAUUUUGGUGCUACCUGUGCGGAUUCGAGAGUAAUAGAACAAUAUGAUCUUAGCAGCAAAAUAAGUUUAUAGACAACAAAAUGUAAUACAAUUUCUACUUCGUUAUAACAUUUUCACAAUAACUCUGGCAUUGCUGUAUUGUGAUCAGUGAAUAUGACAAUUAAAACAUUUGUCAAUGGGUUAAACACUGUCUUUAUAGUAAGGAGGAAUUGCUGUUUGCAGGCAGAAGAGGGAACUCGGUGUCUGUGUACUUAUAAAUGUGUGAUAUAUUUCUUGGUAAUCUUUAGCUCAGGGCAUUUUUCUCUGUGAAAGUAAAUAGCUUCAUCCAACCACCAGAAGUUUAAAAAGAGGCUAAAAUAUUAACUUGCUUUUUCAUAGCUGCUUGAUCUCAUGUACGGCUCGUGACCUGAUACUUGCACUUUCCUAUCGUCCUUUUGGAAAAAUAAGAAUAUGAUAUAAAACUUGGGAAUUUUGGAGUUUGGUUACAAUCAACUUGGCACUGUGCAUACACAUGCACACUUUUCAUCUUGAGCUUUAACCCAGGGUGACUUUUCUAUCACUGCACAUCAUUACCAUCCAGUCCUAUACAUAUUUUCCAUUCUGGGAUCUCAGCAGGGUCUAUUUGGAGUGCUAAGCGCUUUUCUUCAUGUUUCCAUAUCUAGCUGUAGCAGCCCCACCACCAGCCUGCAGAGAAAGCUGAUUCUAUGCAAACAAUUGUUUGAAUCUACAAUUCUGGAAUCUGUUCAACAAACAUAAGUUUAUUUUGACAAUGAGAUAACUGGUCAACAAAAAGUCAUCUAAGGCAGUUCUGAUUUCAGCCUUGAUUCUACGGAAUCUUUGAUACUGGAAUGUGUUACCAUUGUUGAUGUUGCAGCCAGUUACUGAAUUGGUGGUGUGCAAUUUGUUUAUCAGGAUAGUUGCUGAGUAACAUCCUCAUUUGAUAGAACUAGCACCAAAUAUUUGAACUGAAAAUUGUAUUUGGAUUUUAUUCCAAUCUGUCAAAUUAGCCUGAUUUCAGGGAUAUUAGAUCAACUUGUAAAACACUUCCAAUAUAUUCAUUCCCACUUAACCUCAAACAUUGUUCCAACUUUAUCUCACGAUUGGUUGUUCUGAGGUUUAUAAGCAGAGAUGGAAUAUCUAUCCCAGGACCAGAAAAUGUUUGUGUGUGAUUUGAAUUUUUUCUGUGGAAUAGGGACUGCCCAUAGUACCAAAUUUGAUAACAGUGGUGUUCUAGCUUGUUCCAUUUUGUAUGGUUGUUGUGCGUGCUCUUGAGUGCAUUGAUGUGUGGAAUGUCUCUAAAAAUCAAGCGUACAAUGGAGACAGCAUCCCUUUGAAGAUCAAUUAUCCUUCAACUCGGGAUGUCGAAUGUUCAUGACUGUUACAAUAUUUGAAAACCUAAUUUGAUUACAGAAAGAGAUUCCACAUUUUGCCAUUUUAAAAUACAAUGAAUCAAAAGAAAUGUACGAUUACAAUGACUGUGAAUGUAUUUUAUUCUGGUAUCGUGUAAAUUCAGCAGUUACGUCACAUUAAUAACUGCAUUUAUGCUGUGGAAAGCUCUGGCCAGUGUUGACCACUUCACAAGAUAAUCAUCCCAGUGGCUUUUGCAAAAGUGAACUAUCCAGUCCUUAGCUGUUGAUUGCUCUAGGAGUUGUAAAUAUCAUAUCAGCACUCUUGUUAACUCAUUUUACACAAAUUUGCACUUGUGUAAAAUGUCUUUAACUGGUACUCGUUAGUCUACUUCAUCUUCAGUUUUUUGUGUGCAGUACUCUCAUCAUACAAUGCUUUUUUAUAGAUGUGAUUCAUCAUGCAGGUGAAGAUUUAUUUUGGUAGUGUGAAGAAUAAUUGAAUGCUGCAAUAAUUGAAUAUUUGCACAGUUACCUUUGAAAUAAUUAAUUGUGAAAUAUCCCCUUUAUGGGGUGUGGUAGUUGAGCUGAGAAUUCUUUCAUGAAUUUCAUAAGGUUUGAGGCACUUGGUAACAAACAAUGCAAUUAAUAUAUGUAUAUAAGUCUCAAUUUAGCUAUUUCAAAUUGUACAGAUUUAAAUGUAUAACUCUGUUUUGACAGAUCACUUCAUUGUGACUGCAAUGUGAUGUAUUACAUUAUUUCUGGAUUUUGUUGGCACUGGAAGUUAUUUUCACAUAUUUUAACUGUUCACUCUGGCAUAUAAUUGACACCAUUUCAAAUUUGAACUAGUGUUUUAAAAAGCCCGACUGUAAUUUUAGCAAUGUUCCACACCCUAUUAAUGUUUAAUUUACUUCAGUCCUGGGCAUAAGUAAGGUCACGAGAUUAUAAAAGAAUGUGUACCAAAUACAGAGUGUUAGAUUUCCCUUUGAAUGUAAAUAAGAGUUUUUCCUAAAAUAUCUGAAUAAAGAUGGAUAUAGAGAAA